AGACGAAGCAGUCGCCGGGAAGCAGGGAAAGAGGAGGAGAUGGCCACGGGAGAAAUCACAACACUUCCCUCCACACCUGAAGACGGCGGCAGCGGUAGCUUUCCUCCCGGGAGCUUCAAGGAUCCCAAAAGGCUGUACUGUAAGAACGGGGGCUUCUUCUUGAGGAUAAAGUCUGACGGGGGAGUGGAUGGAAUCCGGGAGAAGAACGACCCCCACAUAAAGCUUCAACUGCAGGCGACCUCAGUGGGGGAGGUGGUUAUCAAAGGGGUUAGCGCUAACCGCUAUCUGGCGAUGAACAGAGACGGACGACUGUUUGGAGCGAGACGAGCAACAGAUGAAUGCUACUUCUUAGAGCGGCUUGAGAGCAACAACUACAACACCUACCGCUCCAGGAAGUACCCCAACAUGUACGUGGCACUGAAGCGGACCGGCCAGUACAAGUCCGGAAACAAAACAGGACCGGGUCAGAAGGCCAUUCUCUUUCUUCCAAUGUCUGCCAAGUCCUAAUCUGGGAUCGGCAGAAGAAGCGUUAACGUCUUAGUGGCAACGACAAAGAUGAUGUGACGGCAAUGGAGACAAAGUGUUACAUCAACAUUGCCCAAAAUAGCUGUGAUGCUUUCUGACUGUUUUUAUUCUGACAGUUUUUUUUAUCCUGAAGUGCUCUUAUUCAGCUUUCCUUUCAAACAGAGGCACACAUUCACACCUUGCUGCUUCCCAGUAAGACCAGGCUUUUACUGAGGACCAGCUAACAGCUACACUCGAGCAAAU